AUGCGCUUCUCAACUCCAGCGAUCCUUUUGACAGUCAGCAGUCUUUUUGGGGCUGCUGUAGCUCAUAAUAUUCAACUUGCAGCUCAUGGCAGAGAGUGCUUUCACGAACAACUUCACAAAGAUGAUAAAAUGACGGUCACAUUCCAAGUUGGAGAUAGAGAGUUUGGCAGUGCUGGCAAUUUGGAUAUUGACUUUUGGAUUCAAAACCCUGCCAACGGAUAUGAGGCACAUGAAAGAGCUGUAUCUAAUGGGGAUCACUCCUUUACUGCCAAUCACGAUGGCAAAUACUUAUACUGCUUCAGCAAUGAGCAUUGGUCGGCAACUAGCAAGGACGUAUCUUUCAAUGUUCACGGCAUUGUCUAUGUACCAGAGGCUGAAGCUCCAUCGGAUCCUCUAGAGGCAGAAGUUCGACAAUUGUCCGAGCUCCUUGCUCAAGUGAAGGAUGAACAAUCAUACAUUGUAGUGCGCGAGAGAACUCAUCGAAACACAGCAGAGAGCACAAACGGCAGAGUCAAGUGGUGGAGCAUCUUCCAGAUGUUAGUUCUGGUUGGUGAAGGUAUCUUCCAAGUCUGGUGGUUGAAACGAUUCUUCGAGGUCAAACGCGUUGUUUAA